AAAUAUUUCGUAGCAGUAGAUGUAGAAUCAAAUAACAAGUUCAGCAGUAGAUGUAGAAUCAAAUAACAAUUCUGAACUUGAAAUCCAUCAGAAACAGCACACACCCCACACUCCACAGCAACCGAAAUGUUUGAAGAUGCCCGCCUCAUAUUACCAUGGGCACCACAUGCUCGACGAAAUGCCGAAGCGACCAAAUGCCUCUGUUCACCUUAUCAUUCUCGAUCUCAUGAUGCAGGCUGACAUGUCUUUCUCAAGGAGAGGAAUCAAGGAAAGGUGCGAAAUUGGCAAUCUUUUGAAGAAUAUUGUUACAGAAAACGUUCAUAAUUUAAAAAUUUCGUAGAGUUAGAGACAAUUGUUCCUUGAUUGUUAAUGGGGUAAUUAAAGAGUACUGCUUUAGUGUUUUCAAUGGUUUCUGUUAGCAUAAUCUCUGUUCUUCUUUAUCAUUUUUAUAUGACGAAUCCCAUACUUUAUAACCUCAGAAAAGUGAAAUGAAAGAUCGAAAUAAUACAGUAAUGGAAAAGAUAUGGAAUAGCUUGCUUGUGGAGAAACUGAGUGAGAAAAGGACUAACUUUACAGCAUUUCUAAUUUAUCUUUUGGAACUCUACCCAAAACCAUACUGCCUUUUUUUAACUUUUGAAUAUAAUUUGUCAGUUUAGCAACGUAAUACUCUUGUACAUACUACUUCUUUUAUUACGCUCCUUCUCUGUUCCUCGUUACUCCUCCAUAGUUGAGAGUUCUGCAUUGGAUCAGAGAGAAAAAAAUGAGUGAUCAAGAAAGCUUACGUGAUGAUCUGUUUAAGCUCACCAUGCAACAGAAGUGGGAAGAAGUGGCGAAGAUAUACAAGGAAAACCAAAGUGCUCACACUCUUAAGCUCACCAAAUUAGAGGACACAGCUUUCCACAUAGCCAUUUCCUGUUACAAUCCGAAAAUCCCCAACCACACCCAUGAAAGAUGCACCAAGGAAAUGUUAACCUUCAUGAAGGAAUGCGGAUCAGUAUCCGCGCUGGUGAGGAGGCAUAAUGCGAGAGGAGACACCCCUCUCCAUCUUGCAGCUGCAGUUGGAUGGGAGGCCAUCUGUAUAAGAAUAGCUUCAGAGGAUCCAAAGCUCAUCGAGAUCCGCAACAGUAAUGGUGAGACUCCUUUGUUCAUUUCAGCUCAUCACGGCAACCUUCAGACGUUUAUCUCUCUCCAUGGCAUCUACAACCAUGGGAAGGAUAAGGGUGAUGAGUCGCUCUGUCGGAGGAAAGAUGGAAAUACGGUCCUGCAUUCUGCAAUUUCUGGGGAAUACUUCAGAUUAGCAUACUUUAUAUUGGAGCACUACAAGAAUCUACUCAAUUAUGUUAAUGUUGAUGGAGAAACUCCUCUUCAUGUCUUGGCCAGAAAGCCUAACUUGUUCAAAAGCAGCUCACAGCUUGGAUACUAUGAAUCAAUUAUCUACCAUUUUGUAUUUGUUGAUAAUCUGAAGAACCAACCAAUACAUAAUCCAAAGGACACCCAGACUGAUGACUCAAGUGAAGAGAAUUUCCCAGAAAAUUACCAGACAUGUAUGAGAAUCUUCCGUCUAUUAUGGGAUCCAAUUUCCAAGAGCUAUAAAGCUGGUUGUUUAAGAUCAGAGAGAGAAAAAAGUGCUCGAACAGAUCCAGAAGUUCCACCUUAUAUGGACCAUGGAGUUCCAAUAUAUGAGAGUUUCUUAGGUGGUUGUUCAAGAUUCAAGAAAAAAAAUCCCCCUUCUACUAAUGAAACCAAAGUUUAUGAAUCCUAUCCUCCCAAUUACACUACUUGCAUUUCGAUUUUCAAAUUUGGCACGAAGGUCGUCCUAACAAUUCUUGGAGUUGGAUUCUUGAAGAUAAGAAAGAUUCAUGACAAGAGAGUUCGGCACUCUCAUGCGAUGCAAAUCAUGGACAAAAUGAUCGAGAUUGAACCAAGUUACAAAUACGACAACAAUGGCCAGCGCCCAAGGCAUCUCCCAGAAGAAGCAUUCGGUAACAUCCCCGAUAUCCCUCCCAAUGCUGAAGAACCCCACACUACAGAAUCCAACAGCCCAACCACCAGUUCGUCAGCUAAAGAUCAGCAGCAAAACAAUGGUAGUAAUGAUAAGAAAGAUCAAAACCAAUCAGGAGACGAGAAGUCUAAAAGUGUAGUGAAGGAUACCCCACUGUUAGUAGCAGCUAAAAUGGGAAUCCCAGAAAUGGUGAAGAAGAUACUUAACGCAGUGCCUGUAGCCAUCCAAGAUCAAGACUCGGAAGGGAAGAAUGUGCUGAUGGUGGCAGCAGAGCACAGGCAAACCAGUGUUUUUGAUUUUUUGGUGCAGAAAAAGCUCCCAGAUUAUGUGUUUCAUCACUUUGAUAAUGAAGGAAACAACAUACUUCACCUCGCUGCAAAGCUCGGAGAGAAGCAGCCAUGGCGCAUUCCCGGUGCUGCUUUGCAGAUGCAAUGGGAGAUCAAAUGGUACAAGUAUGUGAAGAGCUCAGCUCCAGCACAGUGUUACAAUCACCCCAACACAAAGGGUGAGACUCCAGCCCAGAUUUUCACACAAACACACGAAAAUUUAGUCAAGACAGGAAACGAGUGGCUGGUAAAAACCUCGGAAUCCUGCUCCGUCGUGGCGGCUCUCAUCGCCACGGUCGCAUUCGCCACCUCCGCCACAGUCCCCGGUGGGCUGGACCAAAACCAAGGCUUCCCUAUCAUGAGAGACCGCAGAGCCUUCGACGUCUUCUCUAUCGCUUCACUGAUCGCGCUCUGCCUAUCCAUCACGGCCCUCGUCUUCUUCCUCGCGAUCAUCACUUCCCGGUUCGAGGAGCGCGAUUUCAAGCAGGACCUGCCGAGGAAGCUGCUGAUGGGGAUGAGCUGUCUGUUCUCGGGCAUAGCGGCGAUGCUGCUGUCGUUCUGCGCGGGGCAUACUUUCAUACUGAGGGAGAAGCUGAGGAUAGCGGCGGUGCCUAUAUACGCGGUGGCGAUGCUACCGGUCGUGCUCUUCGCCAUCGGGCAGUUGCCGUUAUACUUCGAUAUUCUCUGGGCUGCCUAUGUCAAAGUGCCGCUGCGCAGCUACAACAUCUUCCAUCACUAGAGUUCUGUUAUCUAUACAUCUCAAAUGAAUCAAUAAAUUGGGAUUGUAUGAGCUUGUUUCAUAUUUUGUUGUAUUAUUCAACACCAAUCUGCUUUUAUCCUUUAUUGAUUUGUUUUUGUGUAACAGAUUUGAAUGUUCAAAUUUUUAUAUACAACUUUAUUACUCCA